UAUUGUGUAUUUUUUUAUUGGUGCAACAGUGCAAACAUUGGCCAUCGUCAGAAAAGAAGUGUUCGACACGGAAGAAAAAAAAGUGCAUCACCAUAACACCAGCUUGGAAGGGGGGCAACAUUCCUUCCUUUAUUCUCUCAUUCAGAGUUGUUUUGGUGUUUCCCCGUCACAAACCUAAGGCACUGCGAUAGUGUUCCCUACCAACAGAGAACAGUGUCUCCGUAUCCCGUUUUUGGGGUGGCCCCGGAUGCAAGAGGAAUGGAGAGCGAUUCGCCCAAUCCGCAGCAGAGUGGUGACAGUGCUCCGAUUCCCAGUGGCAGCAAUGAACGGGACAUAGCCAGCCGAAGAAACCGUCUAAUGCGCAUCACGCAGCGAACGAUUGAUACGGACGAAAGUGGUCGCAGCAGCAGUAGCAGCAGCAACAGCAGCUUCGACGCGAUGGAGGACAACAACAAUGAGGUGGACGGCAGGGUCGAUCGGGAUGAUUUUUCCACCCAUCACUCACCCUCCCAGCAGCAGCAGCAGCAGCAGCACGGGCACAAUGCCGAGGAGUUGCCAGAGGAUGAGGCGGCGCGUCUUUUCGAAGACUACAUCCGGGAGCGCGAAUCUGCAGCGACCGAAAUCUACAACACAGAACUUCCUACCGAACAUGCGUACCUUGGCAAGAUGGAGCGAGUCGAGGGGGUGGAUUAUCUGGAACCGGGCAAAACCUACCGUCUCCCCAUCUACAGCCAUCAUUCGAUCGUGUAUCCGGGCGAGAUUGUGCCGCUCAUGCUGAACGACUCCACGCUCUACAGUGGCCGCUCGAACGACUCCUCCGAUGGGCUGAAGUUUGGGCUGGUCUUUCAAAACCAGUACCGCGACGGUGGACGCGUGUACGGCGUAACCUGUCAGGUGUACGAGCGUGGCGCGGAAGGGCUGUCGGCGCUCAUGAAAACGGUUGCCCAGCAACGGUUCUACAUCGUACGCCAGUCCCAGGAGCGACGGGCUGACGUGAAAAUACUUCCCGAAAUUGUGCUUCCCGAUCCGUUGAUAAGCACCUGCUCGAAUGCCAUGGUCCGGUACGCGCACAGCAGUCGAAAGGAUCGAUUGUCGACCUUCAAGCGGCUGCUAACACAGACGACGGUGUGGCCCCAGUUCGUGUACGACCAGUACGACACGAAGGAGGUGAUGGCAAAGGUAGAGCGGUUCCUCUCCUCGCUCAACAUUACCAGCGUGCAGACGGACAAGGUCAAGCUGUCGUUCUGGCUCGCCCGAAAUAUUCCCCUGACGGAGGAGUACCGGAAGAUGAUAUUUUGCACCGAUUCCGUGCUGCGUCGAAUGUUGAUCAUCAACAAGGCGCUCGAUCAUAUGUGGUAUUUCAUCUGCAAGCGAUGCGAAAGUGAAAUCGCCAACUAUGAUGAUAUGUUCGCCAUGUCGAAGCAGGGCGUCCAGACGAGCUACUGCAAUCCGGCCGGCUACGUACACGACACGCUCACCGUGCACAAGACGAAGGAAAACUCCACCCUGCCCGUCGAACGGCCGUCCACGAACUUUAGCUGGUUUCCGGGCUACUCGUGGCAAAUUAUUGUCUGUGCUAACUGUCGACAGCAUCUGGGCUGGAAGUUUGUGGCGGAGAAGAAGAACGUCCUGCCCAAAAGUUUCUACGGCCUGUCCGGGACGAACAUUACGGUAAAGUCGCACGGUGAUCUGAAGAAGACUGAGGGUGAGUUUGAUCUCACCGCUAGGACAGCGUCGAACGAGGAGCAGCUCGACUACGAGGAGCUGUCCGAGUUUGACUCCAGCACGGACGAGGAGAUGUACUGACUCUCUGGGUCGCUCUAAGCUUGCGUGUACCCUUUAGCGAAGUAGUAGGCCGUGAAUGAGCAUGAGUGAGUGGAAUUUUGCCGAGCUAGCUAUAUUUUUACAUGUAAAUUGUUUAUAUGUUUUGCUACUAAACAUCGCGCGACUGGCAAUCCCAAGCAUGCCGGUUGGUUGGUUGGUGCCCUUCUUUGCUGUCCAAUGAUCCUGAAGGUUUUUGUUUUCUUCUUUGGCGGAUUUAUUGUCGAUUCAGUAAGAGGGGUGCGUGGUUGAGAGGAAAGGUAAUUUUGUAAUCAAAUCAUUUACCGUGUUCAAUUAGUUCGUAGGGACUAAAUCAACGAGCAUGUUCUUUCAUGUUCCUUCAGCUAUCGAUUUUUGGAGCGAAAGCAGACACAGACCCUUAGCACCAGGCCUAACAAAGUUUAAGUCCGUAGUAUUGGGAGUAAAUCAAAAGAGUUUUGAGAUGAGUAGAAUACCACCCCCAACAUCCCCAUUGUGGUAGAGUCUGUGUGUAUCGAUCUGUUCAAACAAUGCUCUAUUCUCACCUGCCGAGAAGUAAAUGGAAAUCUACGUGUUAAGCUGGCCUGGACAUCAAAGAUGAGAUUUAUGUUUCCAUAUCUAUCCACAUAAAAUGUUAUACAACUUUAACGCGCAUUGCAAUUUUCACUGAUUUGUUUGCAAAAAUGUAUUGAGAAAUGUUUGUCCGUAUUGCAUUAAGUUUUAGUUAAAAUGUUUUGUUUCAUUACAUUGGACGCAAAGUUGUGAAUAAACGGUAUUAAAUCAAA